UUUGUCAACUUCAACCCCAAAAUACCCCCGAAUACCCCCAAAUUACCAGAUAAGCUGAACUCCUUAUAUUAACUUCCUACAUCUAGCAAUUGAGACGAACAUCUGGGCAUCAUUAGUAUAUACACCUGCAGUAGGAAUAUUUCGGACGUCGCCGAUUGCCCGCCACACGAUAGAAAGUGCUUCCAGAUCAGCAGUGGGGGAGAAGUCACGCAGCCGAGGCUUGAUCAAGAAGCACAAACCAGACGCCCAAUAUCAAAGACGAGAACUCUGGUGAAACAUCAGCAACUACUUCCUCCAGGUGAUUCCAACAGCGUCGACCGACAACAUGGCGACUAUCACCGAGGUAGAGCCCGCUUCGUUUGUCAAGCUUCAACUUCGUACCGCUUAUGGCCCAGUAUAUCGCGAUGUCUCUACCAACCCACCGCGAGAAAGUCGAGGAGAUGAAAUCCCAUUGAUCGACAUCAGCGCCAUAUACGGCGAUUUUGAGGCUCGUAAGAAACUCGCCAAAGAGAUCAAACACGCGGCCGAGAACACCGGCUUCUUCUACAUCAAGAACCACGGCAUUCCUGAGUCCGCCAUCGAAGGCGCCCUGGACGCAUCCAAGACUUUCUUCGCCCAACCCGAAGACAAAAAGCUGCUGGCCCACAAGUCCAAGGGCGAAUGGUACAAUGGCUUCUCCGGGAAGUACACAGCCAUGGCCAGUCCUACCGAAGGACUGGACUACCGCGAGUCAUUUAGCUGGCGUUACGAGCCCCAAUAUGAUCCAGACCCAAAGGACCCCAAUGCCGUCCCCGAGGAAGUCAAGCCCUACAUCAGAGGCGAGCAAUACGUCUGGGACGGCACUCAACACCUCCCAACCUUCAAGCAAGGCUGCAUCAUAUACUGGCAAGAGUGUGUCAAGUUGGCCCGCCGCCUCGUCCGAAUCUUCGCGCUUGCUCUCGACCUACCAGAAACCUACUUCGACUCCUUAACAACAUACCCAGGAAGCGACGGUGUUUUCAACUUCUACCCAGCCAUGACCCCCGAGGAAGCCUCGGCCAGCACAGACGUCGGUCUAGGCUCGCACACCGACCUGCAAUGCUUCACGCUGCUCUGGCAAGACAUGAGCGGCGGCCUUCAAGUGCUCAACAAGGACGGCCAAUGGAUCAAAGCGUCCCCAAUCAAAGAUACUUUCGUCGUCAAUAUCGGCGAUUAUCUGAUGCGCCUGACCAAUGACCGGAUGAAGUCGACUGUGCAUAGAGUGUAUAACCGCUCCACUGUUGAUAGGUAUUCAAUGCCCUUCUUCUUCGGCUUCAACUUCAACGAAAAAUGCGGCGUUCUGGACGUCUGCACCGACGAGACCAACCCCGCCAAAUACGAACCCAUCAGCUGCGGCGACUGGUGUCAACUACGAUUCGCCCAAACAGACCAAGAGGGCAAAGACUCAAAAGUUGACGCAUAUUGACCAACUCACUGACUGUCCGAAACCUGCCAGUACCGCACCUCCUGUCUACGUAUCUUCGGUCCCCUCCUGUGGUUUCACCGCCAUUGCCCAAGGAGCCAGACACACGACUAACAGUAUCGUCUUGACUCUUGCCAGGGACAGCCCUCAAAU